GGAGAGGUGAGUUCGCUGGCGGCCUUUCCUCGAGGCCCCGCAGGCCUGCUAGUCCUGGGACUUUGGGCCAAAUGAACACCUGAAGCCACCAUGGGAGAUGAAGAUUGGGAAGCAGAAAUCGUCAAACCUCAUGUGUCGUCCUACGUUCCUGUAUUUGAGAAGGAUAAAUUUUCUUCUGGGGCAAAUGGAGACACCAUUAACAGAACUUCAGCUUCAUCAGGUAUGUAUCAAGAACUGGAUGAUGGGCCUGCUCAACCAGAUCAUUUCAGGAGAAGUCACUUUGCCUCUGGGAGGAGUUUGGGAAAUAGAGGGUUUUCAAAUAAGUUUGAAGAAGAUGAUACCUCUGGGUUCUUGAAAGGAUCUAAUAAUGACUGUGAAGAUAAUCAAACACAGAACAGAGGGUUUUCCAGGAGAGGCGGCUACCAAGAUGGAAAUGAUGCAGAAGCUUCAGGGCCAUCCAGAAGAGGUGGACGAGGUGGUUUCCGAGGUUGCCGUGGAGGAUUUGGUGCAGGAAGAGCAAGCAAUGAAUGUGACCAUGAUGAUGGGGUGCAGCGUGUUGGUGGCCUUUUUAGUUCUAAAAGAACAGCAGUGAGUGGUACAGGUAAUGGUGACCCUUACCACAGCAGAAGUGGCAGUGGACGUGGGCGAGGUGGUUACAAAGGUUUAAAUGAAGAAGUAAUAACAGGCUCUGGAAAGAAUUCUUGGAAGUCAGAAGCUGAAGGAGAAGCUGGUGAUAUUCAAGGGCCAAAAGUGACCUACAUACCUCCACCUCCACCAGAGGAUGAGGACUCCAUCUUUGCACAUUAUCAGACAGGCAUAAACUUUGACAAAUAUGACACUAUUCUUGUAGAAGUAUCUGGACAUGAUGUGCCACCAGCAAUUCUUACUUUUGAGGAAGCUAAUCUCUGUCAGACACUUAAUAAUAAUAUUGCUAAAGCUGGCUACACUAAACUUACUCCUGUGCAGAAAUACAGUAUUCCUAUUAUACUAGCAGGACGAGAUAUGAUGGCUUGUGCUCAAACAGGAUCUGGAAAGACUGCGGCUUUUCUCUUGCCAAUUUUGGCCCACAUGAUGCGUGAUGGAAUAACUGCCAGUCGCUUUAAAGAAUUACAGGAACCAGAGUGUAUUAUUGUAGCCCCAACUCGAGAAUUGAUCAACCAGAUUUAUUUGGAAGCCAGAAAGUUUUCUUAUGGGACUUGUGUAAGAGCUGUUGUCAUAUAUGGAGGAACACAGCUGGGACAUUCAAUCCGACAGAUAGUACAAGGCUGUAAUGUAUUAUGUGCUACUCCUGGAAGAUUGAUGGAUAUCAUAAGUAAAGAAAAGAUUGGUCUCAAGCAAGUCAAAUAUUUAGUUUUGGAUGAAGCAGAUCGGAUGUUGGAUAUGGGUUUUGGGCCAGAAAUGAAGAAGUUAAUUUCUUGCCCAGGAAUGCCAACAAAAGAACAACGUCAGACACUUUUAUUCAGUGCAACUUUUCCAGAAGAAAUUCAAAGGUUGGCUGGGGAGUUUUUAAAGUCAGAUUAUUUGUUUGUUGCUGUUGGACAAGUGGGUGGAGCAUGUAGAGAUGUUCAGCAGACUGUUCUCCAAGUUGGCCAAUACUCAAAGAGGGAAAAGCUGGUCGAAAUCCUGCAGAAUACAGGUGAUGAAAGAACUAUGGUCUUUGUCGAAACUAAGAAAAAAGCAGAUUUUAUUGCAACCUUUCUCUGUCAAGAAAAAGUAUCAACUACAAGUAUUCAUGGUGAUCGGGAACAGAGAGAGAGAGAGCAAGCCCUUGGAGAUUUUCGCUGUGGAAAGUGCCCUGUUCUUGUUGCUACUUCUGUAGCUGCCAGAGGGCUGGAUAUUGAAAAUGUCCAACAUGUUAUUAAUUUUGAUCUUCCUUCCACCAUUGAUGAAUAUGUUCAUCGAAUUGGGCGUACUGGACGUUGUGGGAAUACUGGAAGAGCUAUUUCUUUUUUUGAUCCUGAAUCAGACAAUCAUUUAGCACAGGCUCUUGUGAAAGUACUGUCAGAUGCUCAACAGGAUGUUCCUGCAUGGUUGGAAGAAAUUGCCUUUAGUACAUAUGUUUCUGGCUUCAGUGGUAGUACAAGAGGAAAUGUGUUUGCAUCAGUUGAUACUAGAAAGAAUUACCCGAGCAAGAGCACUCUGAAUACAGCAGGGUUUUCUUCACCAGCCCCCAAUCCAGUUGAUGAAGAGUCAUGGGAUUAGAGCUAAAAAAGAUGUGG